AUGGCUGCUACAGUUGCGUCCUGGUUUGGGUAUAAACCCUCCGUCCUGGAAGCCAAGAAGCUUCCAGAUGAGCCACCAAAAGCCCUCCCAGCUUUCUGGUACCGCUCCCCAGAGAUGUAUGAGUUGGAACGGCGAGCGAUCUUUUCAAAGAAAUGGAUCUUAGUAACCCACAAGUUGCGCUUCACAAAGCCCGGUGACUUUCUUCGGUUUGAGGAAGCUGGAUUCUCCUUUGUGUUGUGUGUUGAUCGAGAGGGGAACUUGAACGGCUUUCACAAUAUUUGCCGCCAUCGCGCAUUUCCCCUCGUCUCUGAAGACGAGGGCAACGUCAAGAUUCUUUCUUGCAAGUACCAUGGGUGGUCGUACGGCCUCAACGGAAAACUGGCCAAGGCCCCGAAGUUCGAUGACGUCCCGGGGUUCCAGAAAGAGGAUCAGAGCUUGUUCCCCGUGCAUGUGCAUACCGAUGCAUUGGGCUUCAUCUGGGUCAAUCUCGACUCAUCUCCAAACCCAGUCCCCUGGGAAGAGGAUUUCGAGGGCGUUGACCGACAAGAACGAUUCCAGAGAUUCGACUUUAGCCAGUACAAGUUUGACCAUACAUGGCAGAUGAACGGCGACUAUAACUGGAAAACACUGGCGGACAACUACAACGAAUGCUACCAUUGCACUGUUGCACAUCCCGACGUGGCGAAUCUGGCUGAUCUGUCAUAUUACUAUACCGUUUCCACACCGGGGCACAUUCAACAUUUCUCCCGACCGAAGCCGGAUAAGGUGAAUGAGGAUAUCCAGAACGCCAGCACUUACUACUUUCCCAAUGCCUGCAUGACAGUCUCGCCUCAUUUCUUCUACCUGAUGCGAUGCGUCCCGACAUCUGCAGGAACUUGCUCCAUGGAAUACGAGGUCUACCGGCACACAGAGGCAUCCGAUGAGGACUUCGAAUAUAUUGACUCCUUCUUCAAGAGGGUCCUGGACGAGGACAAACACCUUUGUAAUGCUGCCCAAAAGAACCUGAAUGCUGGGGUGUUUGUCAAUGGUCCCCUUCACCCUGACCUGGAGAGUGCGCCGCUGUUCUUUCAGAAUACGGUCAGAACCCUACUCAGAAGUCAUCGAGACGAGGAGCGAAAGGCGAACAGGGAGAUUUGGCCGGCGCGGCAGCAUUCAGCAGGCCAGGCAACCGCAGAGGAUGUCGCUUUUUGCUUAGGACCCAGUCGCCAAGUUGGAACCCCCAAGUCGUCCUCUCGCGGGCUCCAUAUUCGCGAGAAGACAUCGGAAUCAAGCAAUACGCAGGAAAUGUCCAUGGCACGGGGGAAUCCGAGUGAUGAGACAGGCCUUCAGAAUGCACAUACGUUGCCCUUUGCAAUGCCGCCAAAAGAGAUCGUUGCCGAGGGUAUCGCUCUUUAUUUCCAAUACUGCCACAAGCAACCGCUGUGGCUUUUCGUUCGGGAUAAUCUUUCCAUUCCAGAAAGAUGUCGCAGCGAGGUGAUAUUUGGCAUACUCAGUCUCGCGCUGCGUUACUCCAACAAUCCCUUUCUGGAAGGACGAACAGACCAGAUGUGUCAACAAUACGCCGAGGCCGCGCGCAGCUAUGUCAUGAUUCGAAUCGUUCAGGGGACCGUGGACAUUUCAACCUUGCAAUGUUUCUGUUUAAUCGCACUGGCCGAGUACAUUGCUAAUGACACCCGUCUCGCUUGGCUACACAUUGGUCUUGCCACAAACCUCGCCAAAUGUGCAGGCAUUGACAUCGAGCAGCACGAGGGCGAAUCGACGCCUGCAUUGGAGGAACGACGAAGGGUGUUCUGGAGCAUCCAUCUUCUUAACCAGCAAUACGCUCCUCACAGCAUGCAAUUGAAUAUGCUGCGGGAUAUCCAUAACCCGAAGUACAUGGCUGUCAACCUUGACUCUCCACGGGAAAUGGGGAUGAAGCCACCUCAGACCCCUCAAGAAAAUGGCACCUUUACCUCAGGAGGGGGAAUCUGGGUUUACAUGGUGCAGCUAUCCACUCUUUGGAGCGAAGUGCAGCAUUAUGUUUCGCACUGUGCUAGCGGAGAUGCCAUGCCACCCUGGUCCGUGGACUCGGGUUACUGUAUCAUCGGGGCUCACCUGAUGGACAUUGAAACAAAGUUUCCCACCUCCCAUCGAUACGAUUCAGUAAGGUUUCAGGAGCGAUCGCCAGAAGAAUUGAAUCGCGACCGGGAGUACUGGAGUCCCUGGCUGUACCUCCAGUUCACCUACCACGCAGUGCACAGCGUCCUGAAUCACCCUUUCCUCUACUCGUGGCGACCACAGCAGUCCGCCCAGCUUGCAGUCCCGAACACUUUCUGGAAGACAUCAUCGGAGUUGGCGCUGAUCCACACAACAUGGACGGUUCGCCUCAUUGACAUGAUUGCCGAGAAGGAAUAUCAACUGUCUGACCCGUUCCUCGGCCAUGCAGUGGCGAUUGCGGCCACCAUUCUCAUGUAUUACUGCCGUGCCGCAGAUCCCACAGUGAGGGAGUCCGCUCAACGGAAGCUGGAAACUUGCACGAGCUUUUUGAGUGGCUUGGCCACCAAAUGGCCAAGAGUCCAGGCAAUACAUCAAAAGAUUCAGGGGCUCAUCCAAUCGGCAUUUGCCGUCAGUCCACAUUCUGGCGAUCACCGUUCACCUCGGAGGACGCUAUCGAUAGAUACGGCAUUGAUGUGGGACAUUCUUUGCUACAAUUCUACCAAGACUCCAUUCGCUUCUCCGGGUGACGGUCUCUUUGAUGCGUCACUUUUACGGUCCCCGGGGCAGAAGCAUCCAGACCAGACGACAGUCGAGACCGAGAUCUUCCAUCAUUCCGCAAGGGCCGUAGAUACUUCCGAUGGAGGUCAAGCGCUGCCGCCGUACUCGAGUACAGUGCAGCAUCGGGCCGCUUCUGAAACUUCGCAGCCCGAGUCUUGGAGCAGUACGAACUCGGUUUCAGCAGAUCAUGGACCAAAUCAAGGACCACUGCCACGGGAACCGUUGGCGUGGUCGGGUUCGGGCUUUCCAGGCGAUGUGUCUUUCAUGGACGUUACGCAUGACCCAUUUUUCCAAUUCCAGGACCACGAAAAUCCUUAUCAAGGGAUUUGGGAAAUUGGAAAUCUCUGA